ACAUGAAGGACGCCAGUGGGGGUGCCGGAAAUGACCGAGUUAGGAACCUGCAGAGUGAGGUGGAGGGAGUCAAGAAUAUCAUGACCCAGAAUGUGGAAAGAAUCUUGGCCCGAGGGGAAAACUUGGACCAUCUCCGAAACAAGACAGAGGACUUGGAAGCCACCUCUGAACACUUCAAGACAACAUCACAGAAGGUGGCCCGGAAGUUCUGGUGGAAGAAUGUGAAGAUGAUUGUCAUCAUCUGUGUGAUUGUUCUUGUCAUCAUCAUCCUCAUUGUGCUCUUUGCCACUGGCACCUUCCCCACUUAAGAGCCCCUUUCAUCCCACCCUAGUCUUCAGGGGUAACCCUCCCUAAUGUGUGCCAAGAGGGACCCUCUCCUGCCCUCCUCCACAGAAAUGCUGCUUAGUCCCCGUGAGGGCCUUCCGCUACAUCGUAUGCUCCAGAAGCACCUUGAUCCCCUGGGAGGAGAGAGCUGGACUGUGACUGCAUCUCAUGGGUCCCGAGAGUGGGGUAGAAGGGCCUGCUUGUGGUUGGGAGACUACUGGUGACUGGUGGGCAAUAAAGACCUUUCAGUGUCAAAAA